UCGUGGCAAGAAGCGCGUGUUCACAAACAGUUCGCUGUGCAAAACUGUUUGAUCGAGUUGGAGUAAACAACAAUAAUAAUAAUAAUAAACAACAAGACACAUCGGAACCGUAGAAGAAGCGGAAUAUUUAACCGGAGGACAUCAUCUGAAUAAUAAACCACCCGCCGCCAUGUUUCUGCAGUUUUAUCUGAACGAGAACGGAGAGAGAGUUUACACACUGAAGAAGUUGGAUCCAGAGGGCCGGCCCACCAGCUCUGCCCACCCGGCUCGCUUCUCUCCUGAUGACAAGUUCUCCAGACACCGAGUGACCGUGAAGAAACGCUUCGGAUUACUGCUGACCCAACAGCCACGACCUGUCCUGUGAAACUCGAAGAGAAGACGAAUGGACGUUCAUUAAGAGAGUGUGUGUUUGUGGAUGAUGUAUCUUGAUAACAUUAACAAUAGCAACGAUUUCUUUCUUUCUUUUUUAAAUAAAAAUAAAAAAUUCACCAUGUAUUUACUUCUGACGAAAUGCCUGUGCUGAAUAAAAAGAUCGAUUUGUAGGCA